AUGGGUGGUCUGGUAGCGUACGCCAGUAGUGACGAGGAUGAAGAAGUUGAAGACGUAAAGACUGAGGUUGCCGAGAAAUCCACAUCUUCCAAAGAUCAGACAGACUCAAAUGAGGUCAAGCCACCAUCACCACCACCUGCUGCUGGUGCCGCCGCACCUCAGCAACCAAGAGAGCCUCAACCAUCGACAGAAGCCAUAACAAUAGGCCCAGUCCAGCAACACUCCGUCCCCCUGGGCCCCUCCCUCCCCCCAAUGGACACCCAGCCCCCAAAUCUCCCGUUAGGAGAAGGCCAUUCCCAACCUCCAGCCUCGCCAUACACCGCCUCCCGCGCCCUCCUCCGCGACCUCACCCUCCCGCCCGUCCCCAACUUCGACAUCCCCCCUUCGCCGCCGGGUUCCCCCCCUCCGGCUCUCAGCGCCAAGUUCACCCAAUUCCUCGACCUCAAGAAGAAGGGCGUCCACUUCAACGCCAAACUCGCCCAGUCCGCCGCCCUCCGCAACCCGAGCCUGACGGACAAGCUCAUGUCCUUCGUCGACCUCGACGGCCGCGCGGGCUACGCCACCACGCUGCCGUCCGAACUCGGCUGGGACCCGACGUCGGAGGAGCUCCUGCCCGAGUGGGCGGGCAGGACGGCGCUGCGGCAGAGCCAGGACAAGGUGCGCGGCGCGGGGGCGAGAAAGGGAGGCGGGCCCGUCGAGUUCGUGCCGGCUGCCGCUGGUGCCGCCGAGUCUGCUUCGCCUGCCACGGCUGGGAUCGAGCAGGGGGGCAUCGUCUCGCGUGGCGGGAAGAGGAAGGCGGGUGCGCUGUGA